AUGCCACCGUACGUGCGCUUCUCGCAGUCCCUCCGUCCACUCGUCAGAGCUUCACAGCUUCAACAACAUGUGUUUCGUCAAAGAGAAACUUACCGUCGUGUCACCUUCUGUCUUUCUGGAGGCCAUGGAGCUGUCGUCGACCUCUCACUCGACAGCGCCUCAAAAUCCAUCGAAACCAUUAACGCCGAAGUAAAGGAGAAAGGCCUUCCCGAAGCAAACCUGCGUCCCUAUGAAUGCAACACAGCAGACGAAGCCGCCGUCAAGAAAACCUGGGCUCAAAUUGUCAAGGACUUCGGCAAAGUCGAUGUUCUGUGCACAAAUGCUGGUAUCACGGGUGGUGUUGCAGCCGAAGACUACGACUUUAAUGACUGGAAGGGUAUGCUGGAUGUCAAUGUCAAUGGCACUUUUCUGUUUGCCAAGGAAGCUGGUCAGCAUAUGAUCAAGCAGGGCAUCAAGGGAUCCAUCAUCAUGGUUUCGAGUAUGUCGGGUGUCAUCGUCAAUCGUCCUCAGAAGCAAUCUGCCUACAACACCUCAAAAGCAGCAGUGGUACAGAUGAUGAAGUCCUUUGCUAGUGAAUGGGGCGAGCACGGCAUCCGCGUCAACGCAAUCUCACCGGGUUACAUCCAGACCGCUGCCAACGAAGGCGAGGAAAUGGAAAAGCUCAGCAAAGAAUGGAUCAAAGACAUUCCUCUACACAGAAUCGCCAAGCCGGAAGAGUUCAGAGGCACUGCUGUCUACAUUGCCAGUGAUGCCAGCAGUUACUUGACAGGUAGUCAGAUUGUUGUUGAUGGCGGAUACACUGUCUGGUAG